AUGAACCCUGAGUAUGACUAUCUGUUCAAAUUGCUGUUGAUCGGGGACUCCGGAGUGGGGAAGUCAUGUUUACUCUUGCGAUUUGCUGAUGACACCUAUACAGAGAGCUACAUCAGCACUAUUGGAGUGGAUUUCAAAAUCAGAACUAUUGAAAUGGAAGGGAAGACUGUCAAGCUACAAAUUUGGGAUACAGCAGGACAGGAGCGAUUUCGCACCAUAACAUCCAGUUAUUAUCGGGGAGCCCAUGGGAUUAUAAUUGUCUAUGAUGUCACCGACCAGGAUUCUUUCAACAACGUGAAGCAAUGGUUAGAAGAAAUUGAUCGCUAUGCCUGUGAAAGCGUCUCCAAGUUGCUUGUAGGGAACAAGAGUGACCUUGUUUCAAAAAAAGUAGUGGGCUUUACCACGGCAAAGGAAUUUGCUGAGUCACUCAAAAGCCCAUUCCUGGAGACCAGUGCCAAGAACGCAAACAACGUAGAGAAGGCAUUUUUAACGAUGGCCUAUGAAAUCCAGAAGAGGCUCGGGACAGACAGCGUUCACAAUGAAACUGUUAAAAUGGGGUCCAAAAUAAACAGUGCCCCCUUGUGGCCUGGAGGAGAGAAAUCAGCUGAGGAGGUCAGCUCUUGCUGUUAG